AUGCAUGGGGUUGUGUUGCGUAGAGUAGCGAGGCAGGGUGUGAAAGACUUGGAUGGAUUGAGUUUCUUAAUAAGGUGCGACGUUGCUCAGUUCACUCGUCAGGAUUUCUGUUUGAUCGCAAGGCUUCAUUUUGGGGAAGUGCCUGAAGUUUUCAGUGAAGAAAGUGAUGAAAUUAGACUUCAAAAAAGAUAUUUUAUAGACGAAGGAAUUACAUGUAAUUCUUUAGAAGAAGCAUUUCUGAGGUGCACAGAGGAAGAUGACAUCUACAAGCUAGCUCUUGUUUACUUUGCUGAGUUAGUGGUUUUGGGAAGGGACAAACAUUUGAACAUCAAUCUAAAUUACCUAACCCAUGUAGAGGACUUGGAUGCGUUCAAUAGCUAUCCGUGGGGUUCGGUGUCCUUUGACAAAACCCAAGACAGUCUAUUUUUUGCACCAACAAAGUAUGUGAAAAGCUUUGAAAAUGAAGAGGGAAGAGGGAAGGGAAAAAGUAAGGUAACGGGAACAAGCAGGGGAAAUGAGAAGGGCAAGAAGGAUAAGCAUGGUGAAGUGCAAAGGGGUGGUUGA